CUACACGUCCCUUUACAAUCCCAUCGAUUAUUGAAAUUGUAGCAAAAACAAAUCAGAUUUUAGAAUUGCACUUUAUCCCUUUUUACAUCUCUUGGUCUUCAAUAUACUUUCUCUUUCUCUCCUUCAUCCAAAAAAAAAGAAGAAAAUGGUGAAAGCUUCCGCUUUCUCUCCUCAUCUUUCUCAUAGAAUCUAUCACCUCCUUCUCUAUCUUUAAACCCUUUUCUUCUUUUUAAUUCUUUAAUUUCUUGAUAUUCUUUUAUUUGUUUGUUUCUUUAUGGGAGCUGGUUUUUCUAGUUUUGCCUCUGAUAGUAAUGGAGAUCCUUCUUCUCUAGGACCUACUCUCGGUGAUGUGCCGGAGAGUUGUAUCUCCUCCAUUCUUAUGUGCUUGGAUCCACCAGAGAUAUGUAAACUUGCGAGCUUGAAUCGAACCUUUCAUGGCGCUUCUUUAGCUGAUUUGGUUUGGGAGACAAAGUUGCCUCCUAACUACAAGUUUCUUGUUAUGAAAGUCUUGCAAGAAAGUCCUGCACAAGUUCUAAGCAAGAAACAGAUUUACGCCAGACUGUGUCAACCUAAUUGCUUCGAUGGUGGCACCAAGCAAGUCUGGUUGGAUAAGAGUAGUGGAAAGAUUUGUUUGUCCGUUUCAUACAAGGCCCUGAGAAUUACUGGGAUAGAUGAUCGGAGAUACUGGAAUCAUAUUUCAUCUGAGGAAUCCAGGUUCCAAACGAUUGCAUAUCUUCAACAAAUUUGGUGGUUUGAAGUAGUGGGAGAAUUAGAGUUUGAAUUUCCACCAGACAAAUAUAGCUUGUUCUUUAGACUCCAAUUAGGCAAGGCCUCGAAAAGGUUUGGCAGGCGAGUCAGCAACAUUGACCAAGUCCAUGGAUGGAACAUAAAACCCGUCCAAUUUCAACUAUCAGCAUCCAACGGUCAACAGGCCUCGUCAGAAUAUUACUUGCACAAACAAGGAAAUUGGGUUCAUUACAGAGUCGGGGAUUUUGUGGUUGAGAACCCUAAUACACAUGUGAAGAUCAAAUUUUCAAUGACACAAAUCGAUUGUACACAUACAAAAGGCGGUGUAUGCCUCGAUGCUGUGUUCAUAUGCCCCAGUGCAUUAAGAGAGAAACUAGAGCAAUUUUAAAAGCUUCAGGAUUUUAUCUCUGUAGGUAUGUUAUAUAGAUAUAGGAGAGGUACGUAGAGGAGAGAAAUAUAUAUUUAGGGAAAAGGGUUAUUUAAUAUUUAUUUUUUCGUGCAUAAAAAUAUUUUGCCUUUGAAGCAAAAGCAUGCACAUGGAAAUUUUUAUUGUAUGUUUUCAGGUGCAGCUGGACCUGGGGCUGCUUGUGAUUGUGAUUUUCUUGUUCUGUUGAGGCUCCAUCUACAUUGUAAAUAAGAUGUUUAUUGUCUCUAUGAA